GGCUUCAAGCUACGCGUACGCCUACAAACCUCAAUCACCAGCAGCUGAGUCAUAAUUCUGGACAAACAAAGAUGACCUCUCUCCUGUUUUCUCUUUUAUUCCUUCUCUUCUCCUCCUCAGUGAGAGGGCAGUGUUCUAAUAUCACGAUGCCCAUGGUACUGAGCAUUGUCAAUCAAAACUAUCCGGUAGGAGAAGGAGGCUCAGCCAACACGUCCAUUAACCACUGGUACGUGACCUGUACUGCUUCUGGCGGUAGUUUUGGAACCUUUUCCAGUUCUUCAAUCAUUGCUAAUGUAACUGUACACGUUCCAGACCUUGGAAUAGACCUGGUUGCUCUUGAUACCAGCUGCAGCAGUGGAGAGUGGAUUCUCAGUGGAUCCUUGGCCUUCCCUUCUGAUACUCAGUUUGCUGCGAGACUUAACGCAACUCAACGUGUUAACUGCAGGAGGUGUAGGUUAGGGAUCUCUAAUUAUGAUCCUUUGACAAACUGUGUCGAUUGUUAUCAAGACUGCAGUGUUGGUACCACUUACUGUACCAAUUCAGGUUGCUGUCCUUACUAUUCCAUUGACACUAACUCUUGCACUAAUGAAUGUGGAUCAAACCAACAUCCAAACUCUUCAACUUUUAUAUGUCAAUGUGACGAGUUUUAUACUGGAUCAGACUGCUCAAAUUGUUCCAUAGUUUGUCAAAAUGGCGGAGUACGAAACUCCACCUCCUGCUCAUGUACAUGUACGUCAGGCUAUACAGGUGCUACAUGUACAGAGGACAUUAACGAGUGUACUACCUCUCCUUCCCCUGUUUGUCGUAAUGGUGGUUCAUGUAGCAACACAGCAGGUGGUUAUGAAUGUGUGUGUGCAUUAGGCUACACUGGGCCCGAUUGUGUUAUCAAUAUUGAUGAUUGUGAUCCAGACCCCUGUGUCAAUGGCACAUGUAGCGAUGGUAUUAAUGGAUACACGUGUUCCUGUGCAGCUGGUUUUACAGGAAAGAACUGUGACGUUAAUAUCAAUGAGUGUGAUGGUAAUCCUUGCAAUAAUGGAGGGACGUGUACUGAUGGUAUCAACAGGUAUAUAUGUACAUGUACAUCUCAAUAUAAUGGAACCACCUGUGAUGAUGAUGUUAAUGAAUGUCAGACUAAUCCUCCUUAUGGCCCUUGUCUUAACGGUGGCUCUUGUGAUAAUGAAGUGGGCGGGUUUAGCUGCCGUUGUGAAGGACCAUGGACUGGUGGACUGUGUGACCAAUGUACCAUUGGAGAGAACUGUGUAACUGGAGACUGUGACCCCACCUCAUUCACUUGUACCCAGUGUGAGGACCAGUACUCACUGGUCAAUGGGACAUGUGUCAGUUGCAGUGUGAAGGACUGUACCUCUUGUACUUAUAAAGACAACUGUACGUCGUGUGCCAAUAGUCUUGUACCAAGUGAUGAGGGAAGGAUCUGUUCCCCUCCUAUUGUUGUUAGUCCGCCAACUAGAGAACCAGGAAGGGGGAGUGGCCUGAAUACUGGAGCUAUCAUUGGUAUAAUUGCAGCUUUCCUAAUCAUAUUGAUUAUAAUAGCCAUCAUAAUAGCAGUUGUCAUUGUGGUACUAGCUAAAGUGAAUAAGGAAAAACCUCCAACUUAUAAAGUAAAGACACAGAAUGAUCCUGAUAAAGAAAUAAUAUUAACAAAAAUAUCAAACAUAUAACAAGAGCUCAUGCUGCACCCUCUAUAGCUACUAUUGUAUACUAAACUAAUAAUAAUAAUAAUAAUGAUAAUAAUAAUAAUAAUAAUAAUAAUAAUAAUAAUAAUAAUAAUGAUAAUAAUAAUAAUAAUAAUAGUAAUAAUGCACAAGUGACUAGUGUUUAUUUUUAGAAGUUAAUUAUCAAUAUCUUGUUGCAUGUAUCUGUGUAUAUUCAUAAUUAUAUAUUUUGUAUUCUUCUCACUAAUUUUUGUAUAAUGAUACCCUUAUGUUAAAAAACUA